CCAAGGGGCGGGGCCUGGCCUGCCGCCUGGCUAAACGCGCCGGAGUCAGCUUGAGUGGCUGGGCCUGGGAGAGGGCAGUGAGGGGCAGUGGCAGGCUGCCCAACCAUGCUGAGUGCGUCGUGCGGCAGGCUCGCUUCGGUGCUGCGGAGUACACGCGUGCUGCCGUCUACAGUCGCCCGUAGGUACCUUCGCGCGUCGGGGUCGCGGCCCUCGGCUGACCAGAGAGAGAGGACGGAGGAACCGCCCCGCGCCUUCGACCCAUCGCUGCUUAAGUUCUUGGUGUGCCCUCUGUCCAAGAAGCCGCUCAGAUAUGAAGCAUCGACAAAUGAAUUGAUUAAUGAAGACUUGGGAAUAGCCUAUCCAAUUAUUGAUGGGAUUCCUAAUAUGAUACCACAGGCAGCUAGGAUGACACAUCAAAGUAAGAAGCAAGAAGAUACGGAGCAGCAAUAAAUCAUAAUUAAAAACCACAUACACAACAAAAUUUUCUUAAUACUAUCUACCUUUUUAAAAAAGUCAGGGUGGCAGGUAAUAAGUGGGAGAGAAGAAUGUUUCUGUCUCUCCCUACGUUGACUGUCCUUAUUCCACUGGUC